CUCGCAUUUUGUUACAUUACUUUUUACACGACACUUUUUAUUUCCGAGUUGUUCUCUCAAACUUGCCGGAAGAUCUCUGGAAUCGCCGGAAAACAAUUGAAAAUAGCCGGAAAGUUUUUAGAACUUCAAAAUGCCAGCGGCCGGUUUUGCUGCUCCGGCAUCCUCCGGUGUCGAGUUUGAAGCAAAGAUUACACCGAUCGUGAUUAUUUCUUGUAUAAUGGCGGCCACUGGUGGACUUAUGUUUGGUUACGAUGUCGGUGUUUCAGGUGGUGUAACAUCAAUGGAUCCUUUCUUGUUGAAAUUCUUUCCUGUGGUUCAUAGGAAGAAAAACUUACCAGGAGAGAACAGCAACUACUGCAAAUAUGACAAUCAAGGCUUACAAUUAUUUACAUCUUCUCUCUACUUGGCUGGUCUCACUGCCACCUUCUUUGCGUCCUACACAACGCGUACGCUAGGCCGUAGGCCCACUAUGCUCAUUGCCGGCAUUUUCUUCAUUGCCGGGGUUGUCUUAAAUGCAGCUGCCCAAGAUCUUGCCAUGCUUAUCAUAGGAAGGAUUUUGCUAGGUUGUGGCGUUGGAUUUGCUAAUCAGGCGGUUCCAGUUUUUCUUUCUGAGAUUGCGCCAACCCGGAUCCGAGGCGGUCUGAAUAUCCUCUUCCAGCUGAAUGUGACGAUCGGAAUCCUCUUCGCGAACCUUGUGAACUACGGCACCGCCAAGAUCAAGGGUGGCUGGGGGUGGCGCCUCUCGCUAGGUUUAGCUGGAAUUCCUGCUUUGCUUCUUACCAUAGGUGCCCUCAUUGUCUCUGAGACCCCCAACAGUCUCGUCGAGCGUGGCCGUUUAGAUGAGGGGCGAGCUGUGCUGAAGCGAAUUCGAGGCACAGACAAUGUCGAGGCCGAAUUCGCGGAACUCGUUGAGGCCAGUGAAGCUGCAAAGGCUGUGCAACACCCCUUCAGGAACCUGUUGAGUCGCAAGAAUAGGGCACCGCUGGUUAUUGCAAUUGCUUUACAGAUAUUUCAACAGCUCACUGGCAUUAACGCCAUCAUGUUCUACGCCCCGGUGCUCUUUGACACGCUAGGAUUCGGGAGCGACGCUUCAUUGUACUCGACUGUGAUCACUGGGGCUGUCAACGUUGUGUCUACGGUUGUGUCCAUCUAUUCUGUCGACAAGCUUGGCCGAAGGUUGUUGCUACUAGAGGCCGGUGUCCAGAUGUUUAUGGCCCAGAUUGUGAUAACAGUGCUUUUGGGAACAAACUUGAGUGGAGAGACAGGAGAGCUGAGCAAGAGUGUGGGCAUCGUGGUGGUGGUGAUGGUCUGCACAUUCAUAUCUGCAUUUGCAUGGUCGUGGGGGCCACUCGGAUGGCUAAUCCCGAGCGAGACCUUCCCCUUAGAGACUCGCUCUGCUGGGCAAAGCAUCACGGUGUGCGUGAACCUCCUCUUCACCUUCGCCAUUGCCCAAGCCUUCCUCUCUAUGCUCUGUCACAUGAAGUAUGGCAUCUUUGCAUUCUUCUCUGGUUGGGUCCUCAUUAUGUCUCUCUUCGUGUUCUUCCUUCUCCCCGAGACAAAGAACAUCUCCAUCGAGGAGAUGCCUUACAGGGUCUGGGGGAGCCACUGGUUCUGGAAAAGAUUCAUGGAGGAAGAAGACAUUCAAAAAGGCUACAGUGCCGCUAACGCCAAUGGCUUCAUUGAUAAUACCAAGCUCUGAGUGAGAGAGAGUGGUGAAUAGGUAUAGGCCACUAAUAGUAACAGAGAUAGAACUACUACAAAAUUGGACAGAGAGAUCACUGUUAGUAGAAAAAUCAAUUUGUGUGUUUUUAUGUGACCUUAUUAGGGUGAUUCUUCUUUCUCGAAUCUUAGGGUAUGACCCUGUAAUUCGAGUGGUGGUGUGAAAGGGCUUCCCUUUCUUUUCUAGACGAUGAAUUCAUCAAUGAAAUUAUCACUUGAAAUCACUGUUUGGGUUAGAAAGGCGUCAAUGUAUUUUCAAAUGAGAUGUGUGGAACCGUUUUGUAUUUGGAGAUUUCACGUUUCGUUUCUUAGUCUUUUAUGGUGUAGCCAACCUUAAAUAAUUGAAAAAAAGGUACCGAUUAUGAUGA